GAACAGAGAAGAUGGACUUGUAAACCAAGGAUAUCGACCAUAUCAGUCUUUCUAUCCGAUUAAACCAGUCUUCUGCAUACCCGUCCGUGUUUCCUUUCCGUCUGCGCAGCCUUCUUGGUUCCAUUCUCGCCUUUUUUUCUUACCGCCUGGCGCUCAAUUGUUAUGGCAUCGGAGUCAUCAGCCGCCCAAAUUCCCGCAGAUUUCGACGUAGACGAGGUCGUUCUUGAUAACGAUGGGUUUGGAUGGGUUAAGCGCGUUGACGCACGCAAGCCCGAACGUGAGUUGGAGCAGUUGAUCCAUGAUGUUGUCGUUGUCGCCGGGGUGCCGCUCGUUAUCGAGAACUGGCACCUGCGCGAAGAUUUUCCGAAGGAGAUGCUUAGUAUGCAGUAUUUGAAGAACAACUUGGGGGAUAUGAAAAUACCAAUCCGUGAUAUGGACCGUGAAAACGUAGUCGAUCAGACCAUGUCUAUGUCAGACUACCUUUCCAUGAUACCAACACUCGCUGCUGAAAAUGCGGAUUUAUCCAAUGCGUCACGGCGGCGGUUAUACGCGAAAGAUUUGACGUGCCCCGACGAAUGGCGAGAUAGUGUUGCUUCACUCUUGCCGGACAGCCUUGUCUACCUGGGCUCGAACGAUUUCAUGUCGAAACUACCUCCCUCAGCACAAGCUGAGAACAUAAUGCUUUACAUCGGUCAUGAAGGCACAUACACAACCGCACACCGUGACAUGUGUGCCGCGGUUGGGCAUAACCUCAUGGUCCAUACCGACCCGAACUCCUCUUCAUUGUGGUUCAUGACGUCGACACACUCGCAUCUCGCCGUUAAGGAAAAGUUUCCAGAUAUUGAUCUUGAGCUGCACUGGGCGACGAUCGAUGAAUGGGCCGAAUUGUCUGAAAACGCCAAGGUGUACAUGUGCGAGCAAAAGGAAGGAGACUUGAUGCUGGUGCCGACUUGGGCUGCGCAUCAAGUGUGGAAUCGCGGGUCCGCCACGGUGAAAGUUAGCUGGAACAGGGUUACUGCUGAUAGUUUGACCCGUGCCGUGAAGGCGGCUCUGCCUGCAUACAAAGCUGUCUGUCAUGCUGAAGAAUACAAGAUCAAAUCAAUCCUUCACGCUACGAUCAACAACCUUACCCUUGACCCUCCUCAUAUGAGCGUCCAACAGAUUACGAAUCUGCAAACUCUCUUCCCCGUUUUCACCGACGUUCUUACUGAAGAAUACCUCCCAGAUACUUCACAGGUCAAGAGAUGCGAGGAAAAAUUCCGUUAUUCGGUACGCUGUUCGUACUGCUCCUGCGACAUAUGGAAUCGCUUUCUUACCUGCACCGACUGCGAAGGAGACCCAUAUGACGUUUGCAUAGAAUGUUACGCCCGAGGAAGGAGCUGCGCACAUAUCAGCGGCCUAAAAUGGAUGGAACAGUGGGAUUGGGAGAAGUUGUGUGCAUUGUGGAUGAGGGCCAGACAGAUAUUCAACAACGUGUCAGAGGAAGACCGAAGAGUGGAAACCUGGGAUGAGCAGCUGCAUUCGCGGAAAACCAUGGCGAUGGUAUGCGAGGAAGAGAAUGGCCAGCGCCCAAGGAAUCUCGAAAAUCCACGGAAAACCACGAGGAGAUGCCACCCGUGCAAGAACACUCACGAGGAUGCAAACAAACAGGUUACUUGUGCGCGUUGUGACAAGAUAUUCUGCAUGUCCUUUCUCAUGUGGAACAUGGAGAUGGACCCUUCUCUGGUGUUGGCGGGUAUUUGGGGAAGAUGGGAAUGCCCCGCAUGUUACGGAGAUUGCAAAUGCGCGGUCUGUUUAGCAAAACCGCGGGAGGAAAAUUCGCACCGUCGGCUCGGAGAUGUGCCUCGGCCCGGAACAAGCCCGCUGGCGGGCACAUUGUCUGGCUGGACAUCUGUCAACACAAGGGCGUACAGGGAUCAAAGGAGCAGGAACUACUACUUCAAGGUAGUUAAGCCCCGAGGGAGGCCCAAGAAGAAGAGUACUGUAACCCCGUCUCGGAAGGGGAGGAUGGACGAUGUUGAGGAAGCACUUAUUGGGCAAAGUGAGCCACCAGGGCCACCGUCAAAGCGUGCUAGACAAACAGUUCCAGACGCCGAACUUGACCUUCUCCCGCAAGGUCCGGAAGCCGCCGAGAUGCAACCCCCGUUGAAUACGCAACGUGAUGUUCGCCCUGUUUUCGGUAAUGGCGCAAAUGGUGAUUCAAGAUCGACUAUGAGUCAAGGUCAGGCGCAGGAGUCGUCGCCCGAGAUUCCCGAUCUUCCAAGAGAAAUAUUCUUUUACUCGGAAGGCAUAGUCGCGAGGGAGAAUGGUAAUGGUGUUACCCAUUAUCCGACGCAUCGGGCACACCUUGAAAUCUUCAGGCGUGGCCAGAUGCGCUCCAACUUCACGAGCACAGUGCCAGAGAGAGAUGAGUUGGAGCGAUUGCUGAGGGUGUAUGAGUUGUUAGGGAAUACAGAGGGACAAAGAAUUGUAAAGGAAAGGUUGGCGGAGAGGCAUAUUCAAUUGAAUUUACUUGCUGAAGCGGAAGAGCUGUCUGCUGACUUGCUGAGUGUGCGCGAGCAGGAAACCGUGGCGAAGGAAGCGGAGAAGCUCGCGGAGAGGUGAGCCUG